UCAGUUAAAAAGUGUUGGUGUCUCACAACGAACAAAGGGUCAACGUUGUCAAUUUAGGCUCAGAACACAGCAAAAGCCGCCUACGCCUAGUUGGGAUUUUGGUUGGAGGUUGAAAGCAAGACAAGGCAAAGCCGAACCCUGUUCCAUCCAGCAAAACACAGAGAUAUUUUUUCUUUCUCUUUUUAAGUCCCAAUAAUCCUCAUUAUCCCAAUAACUCCUCAUUAUCUCUCUUUCAUCAUUCUCUCUCUCUCCUAGACUCAAUCAUCAUCAUCAUCCACUUCAGCAGCAUCUGCUCGCUGCAAAAAGUACCCAAUCCCACCUCCUCUCUUUGUCUUUCUCUUUUUUGGGUCCUUACAUCCCCAGAAGACCCUUUGACUCUUUACCUCUCAUUUCCAUCUUAUUUCACAGAUCCGGGUCUUUUUCUUCUUCUUCUAUCAAGUAAAUAUUGGCAAAUAUAAGGCAGGAAAUUGGAUUAAAGCUGAUCUGUUGAAUUAGAUAAAGAACAGUACGGUUAGAUCUAAAGCAUAUUCUAGCCAUGUCUUUUACUGGUACCCAGCAGAAAUGCAAGGCUUGUGAGAAGACUGUCUAUCCUGUGGAACUUUUGUCAGCAGAUGGGGUUCCUUACCAUAAGUCUUGCUUCAAAUGCAGUCAUUGCAAAGGGACUCUAAAGUUGGGUAAUUACUCCUCGAUGGAAGGUGUCCUUUAUUGCAAGCCUCAUUUUGAGCAACUCUUCAAGGAGACGGGUAACUUCAACAAGAAUUUUCAGUCACCAGCUGCAAAGUCAGCUGAGAAGUUAACUCCCGAGCUGACAAGAUCACCUAGCAAAGCUGCCAGCAUGUUUUCAGGGACACAAGAAAAAUGUGCUACUUGUGGCAAAACUGCUUAUCCACUUGAGAAGGUAACAGUGGAAGGGCAGUCCUACCACAAAUCAUGCUUCAAGUGCUCUCACGGCGGCUGCCCUAUAAGCCCCUCAAAUUAUGCAGCCCUUGAAGGAAUUUUGUAUUGCAAACAUCACUUCUCUCAGCUUUUCAAGGAGAAAGGAAGCUACAACCAUCUCAUCAAGUCUGCAUCAAUUAAGCGUGCUGCAGCCUCUGUUCCAGAAGCUUGAAUACAUUCACUAUUCAUAUUGUUUUCAUGUAUUUUUCUUCUUUCCCGUGCUUGCCGGUGUGAUUUUUCUUAUCGAUCCUCUCUGAUAUUAUGUUUACGGGGAACAAACAAGAACUCGAGGUUCCUCUCUGGUUUCACUUCCUGCGUAUAUGUUAUGGUAUUUGAUUGAUCUUAUGGGAUUGGGAUGUACAUCCCCCAAGCUGUAGAACGACCCUUGCAUGAUACUGUAUGUAGAAGUGGAUGUUGUUUACACCUUUUCCA